AUGAAGGCUGUAGUACUAUUAGUGUGCGUUGCUUUGGUGUCUUCGAAGCCUACGGGUGACGAAGACGUGCUUGGUUCAGUAAUCGGAGUGGUGAGGAGUUGCUCCGAGCAAGAUGUCGCGUUGUGUCUCAAGGAAAAAGCUCUCAAGUACGCCGACAACUUGGCAUCAGCACGAGAAAUCGACCUCAUGGACGGAAUCACGCUAGUCGGUACUGGCUCAUCACGGUCUGCCAGGUCCUUUGAGCCACUCUCAGAAGAGCCAAGAGCCAGGGAGAACCAGGUGGAGACAAGGCUGGUGGACGCCGCUGCGGAUUUCUUUGAAAACCACGUCAUCCAGCUUAGAGUUCCGAAGAGUACUGUGGAAGAUGUCAAGAGGUCACUUGAAGAAGGUCGUGGCAAGAAGAAGAAGCUAAAGCAGCUCAUCCCAAUCUUUGCUCUGCUUCAGCUUAAGAUUCAAUCGCUCAUACCCCUGUUCCUCGGAAUCAUCGCCUUUGCUGCCAUCAAGGGUCUGGUCCUUGCUAAGGCCGCUCUCCUGGCUUCCGCUCUGGUCCUACUCAAGAAGCUUCUGUCGAAACAUGACCACCAUGAAAGCUACGAGGUAGUGGCUCAUCCGCAUCAUGAUGAGCACUACAGUCAUGGAGGCGGCCACGGUGGAUGGGGCAGAUCCCAAGAUGCCCAGGAUUUAGCUUACAACGCAUAUUCUACCUAA